CAAAGGAUACGUACAAAAAGGCAGUGAGAGCUCCCUCCUUUUAGAUCUUUGCUUAGAUCAAGUUUGGCAAACUUAGAAAGAAACGCAUGGCAUGUAUGAGUAGAUUUUACAAGCGAAAGAAGGAGAUAAAGGACUAAUAAAAGGAGUACUGUUCCUUUUUAGCAAUAUAGGAAGCACCAAAAAGCGCUUGCUCGUUCCUGGGAUGGAGAAAGAGGAAGCCACUGCAGUGAGCAAGAGAGAGAUGUGGGACCUAAACGGAAUGGCAAUGGCCAUAGAGGGGGGAGCACAAGGAGAAGAGAAGGACGAUAAGAUCUUCGGCUUCUCAAUCUCCGGCCGCUGCCGCAGCGGCCACGUCGACAGAAGCAGCCCCUCGGCUGCUCUAGUUACCCGCGAUUUCUUUCCGAUGGCCGCGUCGAAGGAGAGGAGAGCUCGGGAUGCGUCGGCAAUGACGCAUCACCACCACCGGAUGGCGGAGCCGCCACAGCCCGCGAAGAAGAGCCGGCGGGGACCCCGGUCGCGGAGCUCCCAAUACCGCGGCGUCACCUUUUAUCGCAGAACUGGCCGGUGGGAAUCGCAUAUAUGGGAUUGCGGAAAGCAAGUCUAUUUGGGUGGAUUUGACACUGCAUAUGCUGCAGCAAGGGCGUAUGAUCGCGCCGCAAUCAAGUUUCGUGGGGUCGAUGCAGACAUAAAUUUCAAUGCAGAAGAUUAUGAGGAGGAUCUGAAAAAGAUGAGCAAUCUCGCUAAGGAGGAGUUUGUUCAGCUACUCCGGCGACAGAGCACCGGAUCGUCGAGAGGAAGCUCGAAGUUUCGCGGGGUUUCCUUGCACAAAUGUGGAAAAUGGGAGGCUAGACUUGGCCAACUAUUGGAGAAAAAAUACAUGUAUCUUGGCCUCUAUGACACUGAAGUAGAAGCUGCUCGGUACCUUCAUUUCUCCAUCAAUCACUUCCAAUUUUGCUCUAAAUUUUACAGAUUUGGCCAUUUCAUUUUCAGGGCAUAUGAUAUAGCCGCAAUUAACUGCAAUGGGCGCGAUGCGAUCACCAACUUCGAUCUUUCCAUCUACGAAAACGAUCUCCCCCUGUCUCCAGCUGAUCGCUUUGAGCGCGAUCUUGAUUUGAGUCUGAGUUGCUCAGGCUCGAAGCAGAGCGAGCACGAAUUGGUGGACAAAGCGAGCUCAAACGGAACGGACCAACAAGUCCCGGCGACAUUCAAACUAGAGCUGAACCGAAGAAUAAGAGCAAAGAUCGACCACAAGUUCAAUCUGCACGGAGAAAACGAACUGCGAAGUAAUUGUUAUCCAAUCAAUUUGCACUCUAGUGGCACUUUCAACUACCCGCAGCUUCAAAUGAUCGACAAAGUUCGGUCCCUCCAGUUUUCGCCAAGUGGGUAGCCUUUGAAUUUGAAUUAGAUUUAAAUUAGAAUCUAUAUUUGGGUUUAAUUUCAAUGUUGUUGCCUAAUAUUUCU